CCUCAGACUGGAAAGUUUUAUCUGCAGAUACUUAGAGAACAAUUCAGACCAUCACAGACCUUCACACAGCAGACGACACUCCAUCUCACACAGACUCCAUCAUGAGCUCAGGAAGUCAAUACCGAUGGGCUGAAGAAAACUUACAGCUGCCGCCUGGGGCCUCUCGUAUGGAGCUCUCAGGGCCCGUUAACUGUAAAAUCUACGAGAUGUACCUCGGUACCACCAGCUCCAACGCCGACAUGAUCCUGAGUUCAGGCUUCAGACAGUUUUCUGACGGGAUGCUGGGUCGAGGAGUCUACCUCAGCAGGUCCCUGGAGAAAGCCAGCCGCUACCCGAUCGGGCACCCAGAGUACGACAGGGUGGUCAUCAAGGUUCUGCUCAAGGUAGGGAAGGCGGAAGCCAUCUACCAUGCUGCCCCCCUCCAGAAAACCUGGCACGACCUCAGCUACGACACCUGGGUGGCGCCACGCGGUUGCAUGGUGAGAACCGACCUGGAGGACUGUGUGUUGGGCCCGGCCAGCAUCCAGCUCAUCGGCACCAUCCGGCCCCAGCCCAUCAACGGUCCAAUUUGCUCCUGUGGUUGUGAGGUUUUAUCUGCAGGCACUGGCAGAACGACACGGACCAACACAGACCUUCACACUGCAGACGAAACUCCAUCUCACACAGAUUCCAUCAUGAAUCUAGGAGGUCUAAUCCAAUGGGCCGAAGAGGACUUCCAGCUGCCGCCCGGGACCUUACGUAUGGAGCUCUCAGGCCCCGUUAACGGUCAAACCUACGUGAUGUACCACGGUACCACCCGCUCCAACGCUGACCAGAUCCUGAAUAAUGGCUUCAGGCAGUCUUCUGACGGGAUGCUGGGUCGAGGAGUCUACCUGAGCAGGGACCUGGAGAAAGCCAGCCGCUACCCGCUCCGGCACCCCGAGUACGACAGGGUGGUCAUCACGGUUGUGGUCAACGUGGGGAAGGUGAAACGCAUCGACUAUCAGAAACAUCCCCUCCAGAAAACCUGGCACGACCACGGCUACGACACCGCCUGGGUGCCGCCACGCUGCGGCAUGGUGCCCAGCGGCCUGGAGGAGAACUGUGUGUGGGACCCGGCCAGGAUCCGGAUCAUCCGCACCAUCCAACCCAAGCCAGCACCCAACAUUCAGGAUCGACCUGACUGCGCCUGCAGCUAAUGCAGAUUCUUUUAGUGUCUUCAAAUGUAUGUUUUAUAACUUUGAAUUAAAAGAUAAAAAACAAAGUGUCAUUGGAAUAUUUUGAAUAAAAGUGGUGGACUUGAGACAGACAGGUUCACAAAAACAGGACGAGACACAAAACGAUGAAAAAAAACCCAUGAAAACACAAUUAUCAAAAUACCUAAAAGGGCCUCUCUCUGUAUCAGCCUCCCUCCUUCCCUGCCUCCCUCUCAGAGUGCAUGCUGUGUGUGUGUGUGUGUGUGUGUGUGUGUGUGUGUGUGUGUGUGUGUGUGUGUGUGUGUGUGU